AUGAAGUCGUUCACACUUAUUGCUGUUCUCAUUUACUGGAUGGAAAAUGGAGCAUGUCGAGACGAAGAAAAAAUCAGCAAAGGGUGCUAUUGGCCGAACGAAGUGUACGAGCCUUGCUUCGGUGGCUGCGCGGAGGUAUCGUGCGACAAUCCCCGAAACCACCUGCGCCCCUGCUACCCGUAUUGCGAGCCGGGUUGUGUGUGCGGGGACCCUUACGUCAGGGACGACCGCACACACCAGUGCGUGUUGCCACAGGACUGCUCGCCAACUCAGAUGGGCAUACCAGUACCAACGAAGAGGAUCGCCAAACCACCUGCCCCGAAAUACGUGAUUGCGAGCAAGCCACCGAGGGGUCACGGGAAACGAGAUGAAAUUCCAGAUAUUAACGAAAGCGUCGGACCACCGAGCAACCACGUGGAGGACUUUAAACGGGGCUCUGACAUGUCGCGAAUGGGCAAUUACUUUAAUAUCGUGAUCGCCCCUCCGCCCAUAAAAGCGUUGCAGCCGAGAAAACUUCUCCAUAACGAAAAUUUCAGGUCGCCUAUCAAACAAAUGAAUCAAAGAGAA